GCAUGCUGAAGGCUUAAAAGCCAUUUGUCUGGCUUUAAGAAGAGGUUUCUCAGGACAUGAGGGGUCUACGGGCGCUGCGGGGCCUCGCGUCCCUCACCUCGUCAACCCUAAUCGAAUGCGCUGAGGCUACAACAAGAACUUUGUCAACAGCAUCAGACUUGAAAAGCGUGUUGAAGGAAAAGAUCCCAGAGCAGCAGGAGCGUUUGAAAGCUAUCAAGAAGACCCAUGGCAGCAAAGAGCUUGGCAAGGUCACGGUGGACAUGGCUAUUGGGGGCAUGAGGGGCAUCACGGGAUUGCUCUGGGAGACGUCUCUGCUGGAUCCUGAGGAGGGCAUCAGGUUCAGGGGGUACAGCAUUCCGGAGCUCCAGGAGAAGCUGCCUGCAGCCAAGGAGGGAGGCGAGCCGCUGCCAGAGGGCCUGCUCUGGCUGCUACUCACCGGGGAGAUUCCCAGCAAGGAGCAGGUGGAUGCGCUGUCAGCAGAGCUGUCUUACCGCGGCAAGGCGCUGCCCGGGCAUGUGCACAAGGUCCUGGCUGCGCUGCCAGCUGGCACCCACCCCAUGACUCAGUUCUCUACAGCUGUUCUCGCGCUGCAGCCGGAGAGCCAUUUUGCGGCGGCGUACCAGAAGGGCAUCAGCAAGCUCAACUACUGGGACCCCGUCUACGAGGACUCCAUGAAUCUGAUCGCCAAGCUGCCCGGCAUCGCGGCCGCCAUCUACCGCAACACCUACAAGGGCGGCAAGCUCAUUCCCCACGACACCUCCCUCGACUGGGCCGCCAACCUGUCGCACCAGAUGGGCUUUGAUGGAGAGGAGGUUUACGAGCUGACGCGGCUGUACCAGACUAUCCACACAGACCACGAGGGAGGGAACGUCAGCGCGCACGCCACCCACCUGGUGGGCUCAGCGCUGAGCGACCCCUACUUCUCCUUCAGCGCCGGCCUCAACGGCCUCGCCGGGCCCCUGCAUGGCCUCGCCAACCAGGAGGUCCUGCGCUGGCUCUUCGACGUCACCAAGCAGAUCGGGCCGACGCCCACAAAGGAUGAAGUGGAAAAAUUCGUGUGGGACACUCUGAAGAGCGGCAAGGUGGUGCCGGGAUUCGGCCACGCCGUUCUGCGCAAGACCGACCCCCGCUACACAUGCCAGAGGGAGUUUGCGCAGAAGCAUCUGCCGGACGACCCCAUGUUCAAGCUGGUCAGCCUCUUCUACGAGGUCGUCCCGGGCGUGCUGACAGAGCAGGGCAAGGUGAAGAACCCGUGGCCCAAUGUGGACGCGCACAGCGGCGUGCUGCUGCAGUACUACGGCAUCAAGGAGGAGAACUUCUACACCGUCCUCUUCGGCGUCUCCCGCGCCAUCGGCGUCCUCUCGCAGGGCAUCUGGUCGAGGGCGCUUGGGCUGGCCAUCGAGAGGCCAAAGAGUGUGACCAUGGAUGUCCUGGAGAAGAAAUUUGCUUGAGCCGCUUUGUCAGCAGGAUGCACACUUGGCGAGCACUUCUGAAAAGAACAACUUCUUUGACACUCAGCUCUUCUUAUGGGGGCCAUUCCAGGCUUCUUAUGACAGAGCCAACGGUGGCAAUCAGGCUAUGAGAGCAAAAGGUCCAAUAUGUCCAAUUGACUUAUGUCUGUGAGAAGACAUUACAUCUCACAGGAUGCAGUAAAAUACAUCCACAACUCUUCAAGUGUGUUUGGCAAUAUAGGAUUAAUCCUACACUCUUCGACUCGCUCAGCCAAUAUGCUUCAAUGCUUGUAAAAAUCAAGAAUUUGCACUACUGACAAGGGUAGGCUGGAAGUGCACAAGACACUCAAGCAUCCGCGCUCGGCAAUCGGUAGGAAGGAACAAAUAUUCACCAGCAAUACAGUAUCGAAGUGAAAAAAACUGUGCGAGGUGCCUUCUGGUCGAGAGACUCUAGCUAGAAUCUGCCAAGGACUCAGGGUGAAGUGCAAGCUCUUCAAAGAUGAGAUCUGCAAUUUUCACCGGUUCAGCCUGGGAUCCUCUUGCAGGAGAAUCACAACAGUGCGUCCACCUCAUCAAUCUUCAACGUACAUUGCAGUGCUACAUAAUGCCAUGCCAAGAUUGAAUACCACAAGAAAGCAGCACUUAUAGAGCAUUUCUUCUGUCUCUGCACAGCAGCAGAACCAAAAGCGUAAUUAUCACAGUACAGACGGUACUCGAGUACUUCAUUCUGCCUUCAGUUCUUAGUAGCCCUCGCAGGAAAUCUGCAAAGCCGAAAGGCAAACCCCCGUUGCCACAACUCACACACCACAAUUUCACACAUCAGCUGCAGCUCAGCCUUCGCAUUCACAGCUUGCUUCAGCCCUUGCCGAACCGCCAAUUCUGCAAUCAGGACUUGUUUAGACCUUUGCCGCGUUGUCAAUUUUUGCAGAGCUCGCAUUAUCAGGCGGCAGCUUCACG